GCGCCAAUGAGGCUGGAGAACCCCUUCACGCGGAGACCUUACCCGGACCUGUGCUUCCCCAACGGCAGCUACAACAUGUCUGCGGCAUGCUGGAAGUUUGUCACCGACGCGCAGGGUCCGUUCCACUCGGUCAAGAACAAUACUUACAUGCCUAUCCUCAUGCGGCACUACCCGGGCGGGUCGUCCAUCGGACAGCUGGUCCACUUCGGACAGCUCAUCAUACGCGGUGACGGCUUUUACAAAUACGAUUACGGCGUGGAGAGGAAUUUGGAGUUGUAUGGCACCGUCUACCCGCCGGCCUACAACCUGACCAACGUGCAGUCUCCCAUGUUCAUAUUCUACUGCAAAAACGACUACCAGGCUCACUACAAGGAUGUGAAGAAGCUGGCAGCUGACCUCCCAGGGCUGGCUGGGAUCUUUUUGACGCCCGCUGAGACGUUCAACCAUCUGGACAUCAUGUACGAAGAGGCUGCGGCUGAUUUGGUGUACAGAAGACUGAUUGACCAAAUGACGAAAUAUAGAUAGCUCAUGAAAAUAA